CCAGUUCCAGUUCCAGCACCAACACCAACGGCAACGGCAACGGUCUCUGCCCGUCAUCGACGUCAGAAAGCUCCUCCUCGUCCUCCUUGUCGUCGUCGUCUACGUCAUCGUCAUCGUUGACGACGACGUCAUUGUCAUCUUCCGCAUCGCACGAGCUCGGUCAAGCAAGCAAGCGCGCCAAGUUUGGGGAUCUGUUGGAGCAGCAGUUCCAGCUGCAACAACAUCACCACCAUCAUCACCACCACCAUCACCAUCUGCACCAUCAGCAAACGUUCGUGAAUCCGUUCCUGCAUCCGUCGUUCCACCAUUCGCUGCCGGAUUGUUUGCCCGGGUUCGAUUACCAGGUGGCGCACCAUCACCAGAAGGAGUUCGAGGUCAUCAUGGAGGCGCUCCGGCUCGGUGUUAGUAAUGGGGGUGCGAUGGCGGCCGCGGCCGUCGUGGCCGCUACAUCGGCGGCUGGUGCGGCGGCAGCGGCGGCCGCAGCGGCUGCUGCAGCCGCCGCCACCGGCAAUGCAACCGGAACGGCCGCCCUCGGUUGCGGGGUCGGUGGUACGAUCGGUGGUAUGGGUUCCGCCGGUGCGGGGGGUACCACCGGAAGUGCCCACCACCACCACCACCUUCACCACCAGACCGGUGCGACGAUGAUGAUGGCGGGAGCGACCGGUGCCGGUGUUGAUAGUGGGAUACCGAACGGUGGUGGUGUCGGUGGCGGUGGCGGCGUUGGUGGUAUGUCCACAACGACGACGACGACGACGCCGACGGCCAUCGAUUCCUGUGGCCAGGCGGCCAUGCUGAUGGGUACCGAUGGUGGGGCGAGUGUGUUCCAUAAUCUCGUCGUUACGUCGCUGGAAACUUGAAAGUAGGCCGUCCCAGCGGUCCCAGCGGUCCCAGCGUAGUCGUGCGGUGGCGUUGUCGUCGUCGUCGAGGACCAGAGGAGUGUGAGUAGCGGACAGGGAGGGGGUGUGCUCUGCGAUCGAGCGCUAGCGAGUGUGAGACACUCUCUCGCUCUCUCUCUCUGUCGUUCGCUCUCUUGAUGAACUCUGGCGUUUGGUGGUGGCCUGGCGCUGGCCUGGCCAGUGGGGUGGGUCAGCGCUUUAACGUAAUUCUUAAUUUAUUUGCCCUGAAUACUGGUGUGCACUCGUUCGUCGCACACCCCCCUCACUACCCCCCCUCAGGCCACCCUUCUAACCCCUUUCGUUAACCUAACCCCGAACAAGCAACCGACCACCGACCAAAGAAUGCAAACGAGAAUUCUUAGAGCAAAGGCGAAGGGAAAGAGAGAGAGAAGGGAAGGUGACAAAGAGAUAGUGAAAGAGGAAUCGGGGGUCCGAGAGGUGGUACGGGGAGGGGGUGCCAAGUGUUACCUAACAUUCAAUAUGCAGCAGAGAGAUAGAGUGAAAGAGAAGGAGGUUCCCGAUUAGUAAAAUUUAGUUUUAAUUUCCAGCCACCCCCCUCCCCCUGGUCACAUCCCCCCACACACACACGCACACAUUCUGUGUUGCUCCCUUUCUCUCUUUCUCUCUCGUUUUCCUGGGUGGUGAGGGGCGGAGAGGGGUUUUAGGACAAUUCUUAUUUUGUGUAGCUUAAUUUUGACCCAUUCGCGACUCAUCCUUGCGAGGCGAGGGGUGGUAGUAGUGUAUUGUUUAUUUAAUAUUAGUUUUGUCAAACCUCCCCUCCCACACAGACAAACAUAUUACCGCAGGUUAAGAACGGUUUAAUUUAAUGCAUUAAUUAUUAUUACUAUUAUUAUUAUUAUUAUCAUUAUUAUCAUUAGUCUUAUCGUCACCAACAACAACAACAACAACACUCGCCAAAAACAAAGCAUCCCUGAAUGCCUUUAUCGAGGAGAGAGAUAGAAAGAGAGAGAGAGAGAGAGCAAUAGAAGAGAGCGGGACUUUGGUCGACGAAAAGGGUGAAAUUGUGCAACAAUCACGUCAAGAGGGGAGGGGAGAGAGGGUGCCACACCCCCUCCCCAACGAACGAACCGACGGUUGAGGGAUGCAAUUUUUAUGUUUUCCAAUCCAAUCUUACUACUGAGGGCGCCGCGCCUUGUGCCUCGCUGUGUGUGUGUCUGUAUCUCUGUACCACCUUUCCUCCCUUGGGCAGAGUGGAAAGAGUGAAAAGUGAAAAUAAUGGCCAAAGCGGUACCCGCCAACCACCCCCUUUCCUCCCUUACCCCCCUCGUUCACACUGAUACUGUGGUCGUCGGGCUUUUCGGCAUGCGAAAGGAGGAAGUUCCAAGGCACAAACUAUCCACACCACCACCACCCUGGUGCCUGACCAGGAAAUGGGGUUGGUUUCUUCGUGGUAGUGGUGGUGGUGGAGCGAUGGAGACGCUCGCUCGCUAGCGAGAGCUUUUUGGGGAGAUUCCUAUCAGUUCGAUCGAAGGACGGAUCCUUUGACGGAGCGAGGCUACCAGGGACCAGGGUGUAACGUGUCCCAAUACCACUAGAUCGUUGUGUGUGUGUCGGGGUACUCGGUGUUUCCGGUGUUGCCACGCUGCCCGCAUCGUCGUCGUCUCGUCGCUUUCGAGAUCGUCUAACGGGGAUCGUUCGCGCUCACUGUCUUCCCACUUGACACGCGUGCGAAGCACACCUGUGCUGGCCUCGAAUCGCGUUAAGGGGGGGGCUCUAAGUAGGCGACGACGACGACGACGACGACGAUACCCAAACCCCUCGAGUGUGAGAGUGAAAGAGACGCCGAGUGCAGAGCGAGUAACGGGGUGCAAGACACCAAGCGAGACGGCGCGAUAUAAGUGAAAGUGCCAGCAACAGCAGCAGCAGCAGCAGAAGAAACAUUUAAAUCGCUCCGAAGCGGUGGUGGUGGUGAUGGUAGCGUGCUGUGGUAUUACGACGAUGGCGACGAUGCCGCGACGUGCACGCCAGGGUGUUGCGUAUGGCCCUAGGCCCGAGUGAGAUAGUGAGUGGCGAGUGGUGGUUGUUUGGCGAAGCGCACCUCUUUACUCUUUUUCCUUAGUAACAGGCAGCGCAGGCUACUAAGCUUUGCGAUGCACUGGCGCGCACUGCACAGCUGCAGCUUAGAAUGUGCAGCGCUUGCGUUUACACUGGUCACUUCAAAGUCGGCCCCAAAAAGUAAACUGUGUCAUCAUCGACUGUGUAGUGGAUUGAUUCCGGCAAUUGGCACACACACACACUCCACCUUCCGGUGCCCGGGGGGGGUUAGCAUUAGGUGAGCAUAUAAUAAUGCUCUUCCUACGCGCGCGCGCGCCUCCUUUGUUUCUCACGCCGUUUGCACGGCUGGUGGUGCGAUCUUUGGGUCUUAGAAGUGAGGCACCGCCAUCGCGGUGGUUGUGUGCUUUUUUUUUGCUUCCAAAUUAUCAGCGCCACAACGCAAUGAGCCCCCCCCCCCACACCCCUUCUUUGAGGGGUGGAAAACUCCGUUAUGUGGGGCCGGGACGCAAAAAAAAAGGGCUUACCAACAAUUCCACACCACAAAUGAGCGUGUGAGAGGGAGAGAGAGACAGAUAGAGAGAGUGAGCUCGCUGGCCAGCGUCGACGGUGCUGCUGAUGAUGAUGACGAUGAUACCGUUGUUUUCGACGGCGGGUGGCUUCGGGGUGGGGUGAGGCGGGUGCGCAAUUCGUAACGUUUCGAAAUUUUCCAACCCACGUUCUUCAGCCCCCAAACAACACCACGAGCCGAGGAGCAGCACCUCACGGUGGGUGGUGGUGGGGUUGAAGUGAGGUGUUGUCUGGUCUGGCCGCGUCGUGCCCCAUUGCCAUGAUGCUUUGCAUCGCUUCUUCGAGCUCCCGUUACUCUCUCUCUCUCUCUAUAGCUACUCUCUCUCUCUCGUCCUUCUCCCUCCAGACCUCCAGAGGGGUUGGCUCUGGUCGAUUGGUUUCGUUUCGUUUCGGUUUUUUUUCUAUUGUUGUUGUUCUGUUUGCUGCUAUUGUUGCCACCGUUGUUGGUUGCGUUGUGUUGCUUUCGCUUUUUCUGCUGACAACAGUGCCGCAGUUCUAGUCCGGACGGAGGAAAGGUCCGGGACACUCGGUCCUGAUUCAUGAUGCGCUUUGUUAAUCGAUUUUUGUCUCAAGAAAAGCAAAGAACAAAAGUAGAAACAGGAACGAUAACGAAGUUGCGGUUCGGUUUUGUUCAAGAUUGCUUUCCGUUACGUUUGUUCGAAUUUGAUUCGUUGAUUCAAAGUUUUGUGGCCAAAAAAGAAUGUUGAGAAGGGG